UCCAUAUUCGGCGCAGGCUCCACAAGAAGACUUCUUCAUUUUUUCUUCUAAUAAUAUUGUUUCCUGCUGCCAUCCGAUGGACAAAAGAAAUAAUUCUGCCUCCGCUGAGGACAUUACUGAGACUCGGAACUCUAGCCAGAACCUCGAGGUCAGGAUUCUUCGUUCUAGACCCGCGAAGAAGCCACCUGCCGACUCAGUGGAUACUCUAGUGAAACCAACUGCUAAAAGAAUAAGAAGGAAAAGACCCACAGAGAGUGGUCCGGAACCUGAGUUGUCGAAAAUUCGUAAGCAAAUUAAAUACUUUUUCAACCGGAUAAGCUAUCAUCAGACUUUUCUUGAAGCAUAUACACGUAAAGGCUGGAAAAAUCAAAGUGUGGAAAAAAUAAGGCCCGAGAAGGAUCUUGAACGGGCCAAGAAGGAUAUCAUGCGGUACAAAUUAAAAAUACGAGAAGCUUUCCAGAAUCUUCAUCAUCUUCUAACUGUGGGGAAGCCCGAGGAAUGUUUGCUUGAUUCUGAAGGAAAUAUAUCUUCGGAUGAUAUUAUUUGUGCCACUUGUAGUUUAAAAGAAGAUACAUUGGAUAAUGACAUCAUUCUCUGUGACGGAGCCUGCAAAAGAGGGUUCCACCAGAAUUGUCUAAACCCUCCUUUACUGACUAAAGAUAUCCCCGAGGGAGAGGAAAAAUGGCAUUGCCCUGCAUGUGAUUGCAGGAUAGACUGUAUAGAAUCAAUAAAUAAAUUCCAAGGGACAUCAGAUCUUUCAAUUAGUGACUCUUGGCAGAAAGUUUUUCCUGAGGCAGCUGCCAUGGCGCACGGGCCUAUGCAAAGUGAUGUACCUGAUCUUCCAUCGGACGAUUCAGAAGAUGAUGACUUCGACCCCAAUAUAUCCGAAGAACAUGUGGCUUGUGAUGUAGAAGGAUCAUCAGAAGAGGAUGGGGAUGAAGGUUCAUACUCUGAUGACUCCAAUUUCAUCACCUCUUCUGACAAUUUAGAACAUGUGAAGGACGGAGAGAAAGUUGAUGACCUUGGAUUACCUUCUGAUGACUCGGAGGAUGAUGACUAUGAUCCAGCAGGGCCAGAUUCUGAUGAAGAUAUCAAAGAGAAGCAAGAUGAGUCAGACUUCACAUCAGACUCUGAUGAUUUCUGUGCUGACAUUGCGAAGUCUUGUCAUAUGGAGGAAGUUUCAUCUGGUCGUAAGGCUGGAGAUCAUACUAAUGACUUGGAAGGGGCCCCUGUUGGACCUAACACAUCAAUUUCACAUCUCACAACCAAGGAUCUUGAGAUCGACCAGGAUGCGAUUUUACCAUCAAGGAGACGGCAGGUUAAACCGUUGGACUACAAAAAACUUUAUGAUGAUGCUUAUGGGGAAGCACCAUCUGAUUCAAGCGAUGGCGAAGACUGGUCUGGGAAGAGCACACUCAAAGAAGACAGUGAAGAAGAAAAUGAAGUGGAUUCCUUUGUACACAAAAGCUCCAGGGGAACGCGAGCUGUGCAUCGUGGUUUAGUAAAUGAUCAACACUCCAGGAGGCUGACCUCUGGUCCUGAAGUGGACCAGGCUGCUGAUGGGAAAGCACCACCUGGUUCGAGUUACCGUGAAGAUUUGUCUCAGAAAUGCACACCUGAAACUGAAUUCACUCCGCAAAGCCCUCAACAAAGCUUGAAUUGUUCGGUGAAUUGGCAAAAUACAGAAGAGCUGCUUACCCCUAAUGGAAGCAGUACAACAGGUCAGAAGAGACACUAUGGGCCAAUAAUUAAUCAGAGGCUACAUGAGCAAUUCAAAAUACAUCAAUACCCUAGCCGUGUUGUUAAAGAAAGCUUGGCACAAGAACUAGGUCUGACAUUUCAUCAGGUUGAGAAAUGGUUUGAAAAUAGACGGCGUCACUUAAAAAAAGCAUCUAACAAAAACAGCAAUCCCAUAGAAAACCAUAGCAAAAUGCCGCAGGAGCUAAAGAAGAGGAAGAUUGGCUAACGACGUUUCUAGCUAAGGAUUUUGGCUCCUACAAGUCAAGCAAUUGUUUCCUUCUUUAUCCAAAUGGCAGGUGUUUCAAUCCUGUGGUGGAAGCUUGCUGCGAUAUAAGGGACCGCCCGCAAAGGGACCGCACACUGUUAUGGGAGAGAAUGGAACACACUCACGUUUGAUUGUGCCUUGCGUCCCUGUUGUUGUCUCCUUUAAUAUGAUGUAGAAUCAUGCUCAUGUUCUGUCAUUGGUUGUGGUCAUUGUUGUGUCAGUUGUUGUUUACCUAGAAAUAAGUGACUAGUUGUUUAUUGUUCAUAUGAAUUUUUGACGAUAUGUCAGUUGAUCUCCUUGGUACAUGUUGUAAUCUUUCCUUUUUGCGGGAAAUAUAUGUUGUACUUUUUGAAGGAGUAUAUUCUCGUUAAGACUUGAGACUUCCUUUUGA